AUGUGGGAUCUGUCGCUCAGUAAAUGCCUAGCGACAAUUCAAGCUCACAAUGGGCUUGUUAACGGCGUUUCCUGUGACAAUGUAUCUGGCGAGACUUUCGUAACAGUUGGGCACGAUUCUCAGCUGAAGCACUGGCGAUGUCCGGUUAUCGUCGAGGGCGACAUUUCCGAGCCGGUACAUUCUAUACCGCUCAAUGGUGUCGCCCUCUCAGUAUCCCAUGUAGUGAAUAGCACGGAUUAUGUCACUUGUGGUGAAGGCAUUCACGUGUGGAAGCAGUUGAGGGAUUCUCCAGUUCGUAUCUAUAAUCUCGGAGUGGAUUCAGUAUGCACGGUAAAGUGUAAUCCGAUCGAACCAGAAGUUAUUGUCGGAUGCAGUAGUGAUCGAACGAUUGUUUUAUUGGAUACUAGGCAAAAAUGUCCACUGAAAAAAGUCACAAUGAAACUGCGUCCGAAUUCGGUGAGCUGGAACCCAAUGGAAGCAUUCACAUUCGUGUGUGCAAAUGAGGAUUAUAAGUAUGUUGAACACGAAUACUGUUAA